GGACGGACUGACGGACGGACAGAGCCGGGCGCGACGGUGCCGCCGAGACGUCGAGGGAGAGAGAGAGAGAAGGAGAGCGAGCGGCGGAGCGAGGAGCGGCGGAGCGUGUCCCCGUCCCCGCGUGUCCCCGUCCCCGCGUCAGGACGCGCAGGGCGAUGUCGAUGUCGCCGCGGCAGCAGCCACAGCCCGUGUGACCGCCACCGCCUCUCCAUGCCCCGGCUCGUUAUUUAUUAUUAUUAUUAUUGUUGUUGUUGCUAUAUUUUUUCCUCCUUUGAUUUCUCAUUGGGAAAAGCACUUUGACUCCUGACUGCUCUACCUCAGACCUUAGAAAAACUCAUCACGCUCGCUUUUUGGCGGUUUUAUUUUUAAUUUUUUAAUUUUUUUUUUUCUGAGCGCCGAUCUUUAUAGCAGUAAUUGUUUUAUUGUUACUAUUAUUAUUAUUACUACUAUUAUUAUUAUUAUUAUCCGUGUGGUUGGUAGCGGCCGGGAUCCUGCGGCUGUGUCGAAGCGCUGGGCAGUGGGGGGUUCUCCUGUGUACCCCUUCUAGGACACUCGAACGAAGACUUUUCUUCUUCCUCCCUUUCUUUUUAUCCUUCUUCACUUCUCCAAGGCUUUUAAAAGAUACGUACACAAAAACAAGAAAAAAAAAAAAGAAAGAAAAAAGCAAAACAAAAACCAAACCUUCGCCGGUGUUGUCGUCUUUCUAAAAAAAAAAAAAAAAAAAAGAAUUGUUUUUAUUUAUUUUUUUUUCUUGAUACCUGGGAAACCGCUGCCCCCCUCAGAACUAACCAAAGACAAUGGUUCACUGUGCAGGCUGCAAAAGGCCGAUCUUGGACCGGUUUUUGUUGAAUGUACUGGACAGGGCUUGGCAUGUGAAGUGUGUUCAGUGCUGUGAAUGUAAAUGCAAUUUGACAGAGAAAUGCUUUUCGCGAGAAGGCAAGCUUUACUGCAAAAACGACUUCUUUCGGUGUUUCGGGACCAAGUGCGCGGGCUGUGCCCAGGGCAUCUCCCCCAGCGACCUGGUCCGCAGGGCGCGGAGCAAAGUGUUCCACUUGAACUGUUUUACGUGUAUGAUGUGUAACAAGCAACUCUCCACCGGCGAGGAGCUCUACAUCAUAGACGAGAACAAGUUUGUCUGCAAAGAAGAUUACCUAAAUAACAGCAAUACUGCCAAAGAAAACAGCCUGCAUUCAGCCACCACCGGCAGUGACCCCAGCCUGUCCCCCGACUCUCAAGACCCCUCCCAGGACGACGCCAAGGACUCGGAAAGCGCCAACGUGUCCGACAAGGAGACGGGGAGCAACGAAAACGACGACCAGAACCUGGGGGCCAAGCGGCGGGGACCGCGCACCACCAUCAAAGCCAAACAGCUAGAGACUCUGAAAGCCGCCUUCGCGGCCACCCCGAAACCCACGCGGCACAUCAGGGAGCAGCUGGCGCAGGAGACCGGCCUCAACAUGCGGGUCAUCCAGGUGUGGUUCCAGAACCGGCGCUCCAAGGAGCGGCGGAUGAAGCAGCUGAGCGCGCUGGGCGCCCGGCGACACGCGUUCUUCCGCAGCCCGCGCAGGAUGCGGCCGCUCGUGGACCGGCUGGAGCCCGGCGAGCUCAUCCCCAACGGGCCCUUCUCCUUCUACGGAGAUUAUCAGAGCGAGUAUUACGGCCCUGGAGGCAAUUACGAUUUCUUCCCGCAAGGACCGCCCUCGUCCCAAGCGCAGACCCCCGUGGAUCUCCCGUUCGUGCCCUCCUCGGGGCCGUCAGGGACCCCGCUGGGGGCCAUGGAGCACCCCCUGCCCGGACACCACCCCUCGAGUGAGGCUCAGCGCUUCACCGACAUCAUGUCGCACCCCCCGGGAGACUCGCCCAGCCCCGAGCCCAACCUGCCCGGCUCCUUGCACUCCAUGUCCGCGGAAGUUUUUGGCCCCAGCCCCCCAUUUUCGUCGAUAUCCGUCAACGGUGGUGCUAACUACGGCAAUCACUUGUCCCACCCUCCAGAGAUGAACGAAGCGGCUGUGUGGUAGCUUUAAACGAACUGGGUCUAAGUAAGUGAUGAUCAUCUAGUCUGCUUAUUGUUAUGGUGUACAGAAAUGAAUUCAUAUAACAUCUCUCCCGCCCUAAGACAAUUUUACCUUGGGAACGAACUGAAUCCAAUCGCUCCAAGGCAAGCUUUGCUCUAGACCAGGACAAUCUCCAUGUUAUGGUUGUAUCAAACAAGCAAGGGGACUUUUUUUGUACCAUUGACAAAGAAACUGGGGAAGCUGUACAGUAAAAGUGCUGCCAUUCCGUAGGAUGGCUAAGUUUGAUUACCCUGUUGGAUGUCAUCCUAAGAGCCACAAUCCUUAGAAACUUCUCGUUAAAAAAAAAAAAAAAAUUAAAAAAUAAUUGAAUGAAGGAGAGGUCAAAGAAAAGGGGAAAAAAAGCUUCAAGAACUCUCUAUAGCGUUCCUGGUUAAGGAUGGUUCUGGCAUUAUGAAUCUGUUUGUUCGUUUUUGUCUCUCAGAAAGUUCGACAACAAGAAACUCUUUUUAGCUUCAGCCAUUUCAGCCUGCUGACGAUCAGGUGGGACAACUUUUCCUUUUUCCUUUCUUUUUUUCUUUUCUGUUUUGUUUCGGUUGUUUUGGUUUGGUUGUAGUUGUUUUGUUUUUUUUUUUCCAAAAAUAGCAAAUACUAAAUGUUAAGCCCUCAGCACCAACUCUUCUACCUUCACAAAGCUACACGUACAAAACCUCCUCAUCAUAGCAAAGGUCACCACCCAGACCUCUAACGAAAAUGACUUGAAAAAACAAACAAACAAAAAGUAUUCUACCUUCACAGAGAGAGAAAAGCUAAACAAAAAGACUCUAUUGAACUAAAAACAGUCAACUGUUUACGUCUAAUGUUAAAUUCAGGAGCUCAGUGUUUUACUAACAAAUCCUGUUUUAGAAAAACCUCUUGUUCAAAAGCAAAAGAUUUUGAGCAGCCAACCAAAAUAGUUCAUUUUCUUUUCUGUAGAUGUUCUAACAGAUUGCAGGGCUUGUGGUUCACUGUGCUAGUUUGUAAAAGGUGUUGUUUACAGAAGGCAAAGAAAAAAAAACCCACAAAACCCAGACAGUUGCCAAAUAAAGUAAAUAUAUAGCACAAAUACUGUAAGGUGCUUUGCACCAGCAACCCGAGAAGGUGUUUAAAAGUGUUACAAGGUUAAAAAGAAAAAAAAAAAGACAAACAAACAUCUUUGCUAAUUUUUAGUCCUGUUGAACAUUCAUGGAAUUGUUAAUAUGACUUAUAUAGACCCACACAGGUUUUAUUUUUGUGUCUUUAAAAUAAAAGUCCAAAAUAUUUAAAUUUUAUGGUCAAAUAUGCAGUCAACAGCUGCUACUUUUUUCUUUAUAUAUUAAAUUUCUCAUAUGUCUUUUAUUGUUCUAAUGAACCUAAGCUUGUGUGACCUCCAGUGCAUAUUAGACCAUUCACUGUAUGAAAGAAAACAUGUUGGAUAAAAUUUGUGCGUUUUUAAUAAAAUUAGAAAAUCUGAUGUUUAGAUAACUCGUGUUUCAUUUGAUGUUUUAAGCAAUUUUUGGAAAUUGAUUCUCUGGAGUAAAAUAGCCCUGAGAAGGGAUGAUCCACGCUGCUGCUGAUCCUGGCAGCUCUUUGGCUCUGGGGGAAGCCUCAGCCCUGGUGUCGAUGCACACAGCAGCCAGAGGCAGCUCCAGCCUUUCUUUCCAUCUCCAGGCUCAGCUGUUGAAGUCCAAAUACCCUGUUCCACAGCAUUUUAAAUUUUAAAAUUCAGAAAUAAUCAAAUUAUUCAACAUCUUCAGUUAUUCGUGCUCUGUGCUAAGAUAGAACAUUCGAAAUGCUGAUUUUAUGCAUAAACAAAAAUGUGUUGAAAAUGUAAAACGCUUGCAAAGAUACGGAUUGCAAUUGAUCCACUUUUAGUUAAUUCUUUGAAGGUAAUUUUGGGUUUUUUCUCCUAAUUGGAUGGUUUGGACACAGCAUAGCCUCAAUGUCCUGGAAGUAAUUUGAAUCCUUUUCUCUUAGAGCUGAGGCAGAGUCAGUGCAUUGGCGGCGUUUGCUCGUUCUGAAGUUCUCUAAAGGCAGUGGGGGAGAAUAUUUUGCUUUGCCCUCGAUGCAGCCUCAUUCUCUUGGAGAAAAAUGAAACAAAAAAAUCCUGCAGCCUUGAGAAAUGCCAAAUUUCACGUUUUAAUUAUCAACCGUGAAUAUUCAGUUCUUCAAAAGCAAAAUUCCCGCUGGUUCUGAGAGGACCUGGAGCUGUGCUGGGGACAAAGAGUCAGGCUGGGUUCUGCAGAGCCCUGGUUUGAAUGUUCCACCUGCUGGGUUAAUGGAAAGGGACGAGCUGGGUUUGCAUCUCCUCCUUCCUCUGCUUGGGCUGCCUUCGCUUGCAUUUGAUGCAGACACAGAAUUUUAUGGUAACCCCCAGACUUGCCCGUUCCCAGUGAUUCCAUUAUUUCUCUCUUCGGACUGGGGGUGGGAAAAGAACCAGCUCCAAAUGCUUUUGAGUUGUAUAGUUUGUGAUUUUCAAUGGUGAUUUUUGAUUUUGUUUUAUAGCUAAUUUCUAUGCCCAGCCGAGGGGCCACCUAGAUGAAGCAAUAGUUCACUUUAAACACAAAAUGUCUUAUAUAAUAACAAUAUAAAGAUAAAAAACUAUCUGCAAGGGAUCUGUUAGUGUUUCUAAAAAAAUAAUUCAUGCUUUAUUAAAUACAGGGGAGACUUUUUAAA